UCAAGAAAUUUAAAUUCCCAAAAUCACUGUUCGCCGAGAAAGGAAAAAACCCUACCUUUUUGGGCUCAAUCUUUCUCUUUCUCUUUCUCUCUAUAUAUAUAUAUAUCGAUUUCCCUUUUUGCAUUGUGAAUUUCAAGAAAAUUUCAAAAUUUUGGAGUGAAUUUUGAUGGAUCAUAAGUACAAAUCGGUCGGCGAACAGCCGCCGUCGCCGCCACUACCUCCGCCGCCGUUGAUGAUGAGUUAUGAACAUCCUCGUCAUCCUCCGAUGAGUUAUACGCAGCAUCCGUCUCUCACUUACUUCUCUCAACAAGCAAUUCGAGUUUCAGCUGGCUAUGUGGCGCCUCAUUUUGAAAACAAGCUUGAUCAUAUCCAACACCAACCCACCAAUAUGCGUGAGGCAAUUCAGAGAGAGAUUGAGAAGGAACGAAUCAAAGAGGAGAUUAUUGCAGAAGAGAUUGCUCGAAGACACAUGUUGGAGCUGGAAGUAAGAAGAGAGCUCAUGAUGGAAAGACAACUAGCAAAGCAGAGUGGAGAGGGAUUGUCUUCUUUUUCGUCACCUGUAAUGAGUUUCUCUCCCACGCUUCCGCUCUUGAAGCAACAGAGUGUUGUAAGGUCUGUAGAGGAAAGAAUUGCUGGGUCACUUGAGGACAGGAUGGGAAGGGGGAUAUCAGUCUCUAGAUUGGGUGCAAGAAAUGAGAUUGGGAGACUUGAAAUAGUACCAUUUGAGGAGCGGAUUUCAGAGAUUCCUUUUCAGCAGCGGAGUGUGGAACCAAAAAUUUGUGCUUUGAAGCCUGUAUCCCAUAGUUCAGUGCCAAUGAUUUCUGAAUUGCAGUCCCCUUUGGAGCCUAGCAAAGAGAAAGACAAGAUCAUCUUGCUGGCUAAGCCUAACACAAGUCUUUCUGGAGCAAAACGAAAAGCUGUCACACCACCAGUGGAGAUUGUCAGCGAGCCUCCUUCAUUCAGUGUUCCAAAGAAAAAUGGUAAAGAGGACUGGAGUUGUGCACUUUGCCAGGUAAGUGCGACAUGUGAGCGUGGUCUGAAUGAUCACCUCCAAGGAAAGAAACACAAGUCCAAGGAAGCUGCUUUGCGAGAACAGAGGAACGGGAAGAACUACAGUAUCGGUCUUUUCCCAAAGAAACCUAUCAACCUUUCAGAAGCCAACGGCAAUCUUAACAUGGAGCAAAUGGUAAAACCAAAAGUUGAAUUAUUGCUUCACAAUAAAUCAGGGGAAAGAUCAUCUCUGGUAAUUUUGGAGAAAGAAGGUGCAGAGGACACCGUCACUCCUCUGCAUCACCAUGCUGAUGACUUGAAGAUAAGUGCAAAUGCAUCUCCAAAAAAGCAGAAGACUAGUAAGAAGAAGAAGUUCAAAUUUUGGUGUGCGACGUGCAAAGUAGGGGCUUUGUCAGAGGUGUCAUUGGAGGCACACAGGGUAGGGAAGAAGCACAAGGCUCGCCUCCUGGAGCUCAGCAGGGCUGCUGCUUCAGCCGCUAAGGUUGAGAGCACUCAAACUGUUAAUGAAGCAUUAGAAGAGGCUGAAGAAACUGAAGCUGCAAAGGUUGAGAGCACUCAAACUGUCAAUGAAGCAUUAGAAGAGGUCGAAGAAACUGAAGUGAUCGAUGAUGUGGGUGCAGGUGUUGAUAGCAUUAACCCCGAUGAGCAGGAAGAAGUGUUCACCACUGGCGAUAACUGAGUUCAGUUAUUUUCAGGAGUAUCAUAUUUUAUGUUAAGAUGUAGAGUUUAGGGGAGGGAUUGUGAGGUAAACUGCGACUUGUCUAGCAAUUGUGGUGUGUAGUCUUUAAUAAUCUAGCUCUGUUCAAAUAAUUGGGUAUUUUUCAGUUUUUGCAAAACUGAGAAAAACUUUAUGAAAUGACGUUUGGUUGGACAUGGAAAA